AUGGCUAUCAUCGAGCGAGCUGAGGUAGUUUGUUUGACCAUAUCUUCUAAAGCUUGGACACCUCUCCUCAGUCUCAAUGGCAUUGGCAUAGAAUUGGGAGAGAUCGUGUUUAUCCUCGAAAAUACUCUCUUGACAAGCCAGUCGAUUACUAUGUAUGGUACUGCAACUCUCAAAGCAGUGACUGAGUCCAUCCAGCUCAUACUAUCUUGCGACCUAAACACCAAAGGGCCAGUAGAGGUCGCAUUUGCGGUUUCUAGGACAGACUCUCUCCAAAGUCUGUCGGGAGCUCUUGGGUUCGAAGCUAUCAUGUCUUCGGCUAUGCUUUUUUCUUGGUCGCCCUUGUCAAGCCUGCCAAAAACCUCCGAUCUUGUCGUUGUGUUCACCCAACUUUCCAAACAGACGGACCACUACACGAUCUCGCGAAUCUCCGCCACUACGAGCUCUGAUGACUGGACAAGUUUCCUGCCAAGCUCAUUCCCACUCAAGAAGCUUCUGCCAACCAUAAACCUUGAAGUAUCUCUAGAUGUUUUGUACCUCCUACUGCCCAAACGACGUGCCGUGGGAGUUUCGAUAGCAUUGGAGCUGCAGAGUGUUGCUGGUAAAACUAUCAUUCUGGGUUUUGCAGCCCAUCCUCUUGGCGCAUUUGGAGACUAUGAGCACAGGCUCUACGUAAAUUCUCUUGAUUCUGGGAUAAGCAUAGCGGAUAUCACAUCAGCACUUGGAGUAAGUGGCGACGUAGAUGUGAUGCAGGCCGCUGGGUCCCCUGUUUCCCAGCUAUUGAACAAUGUGCGGAUCCGAUUUUUCUCUGCGGCAGUCGAGAAGAAAAGGGACCAAUACGAAUUCAGUGAUUGGAGUUUGGAUCUCGCUAUGAAUCAGUUAGAGAUCUUGGAGGACAUCUUGCCUUUAUCAGACGUGUCUGUGGAUCCGGAGUGUGUUGGCAGUGUCUUGACAGGUGGCUUGAUGGGCAGCAUCCAGAUCGAGUCCACGGUGCUCAAAUGCAAGCAUUCUUGGUCGUACCUGGCCUCGUCCUCUCGGGGUUCAGGCCAUCAAGAGGUUUGGUGGAUCACCAGAAAUGGAGAGAGAGAGAAGUAUGCGAGGAUUGUGGCAGCGAGCGAGUCAACUGCGUUGAUGCUGGGGUAAGGGGGCGAAGAAGAUCGGGAUCUACAGAUCAGCACAAGACAACAUUGAUCUUAUCAGCA